AUGAGUUUAAACGACAGCAAAUUUCUUAAUGUUCAGGCUGAGGAGAAACCUGCUCUUUCUUGUGCUUUGUGUGAUAAGAGUUUCUUACGUAGCCGGUCUCUGAUUACACACAUUCGUAGUCAUACUGAUAAGUGCUAUCUGACAGUGCACAAACAUAUUCAUAUUGGUGAAAAACCUUAUUCUUGUAAUGUAUGUAUUAAAUGUUUUUCAAGUAAGAGCUGUCUGACAAACCACAGACGUGUUGUUCAUACUGAUAAAAAGCCUUUUUCUAGUAAUGUCUGUAGCAAGUGUUUUUCAACUAGGGGUAAUCUAAUGGCACAUGGACGUGUUCAUACUGGUGAGAAACCUUUUCAUUGUAGUUUGUGUAAUAAGAGUUUUUCACAAAAAAGUACUCUGACUAGCCAUAGUUAUAUUCAUAGUAAAGAGAAACCUUACUCUUGUAGUGUAUGUAUUCUAGUCUUGACGCAUUACUUGUAUUCAUAG